AUGAUGUUAUUUACCAAGUUUCUCGUUUUCCUCGUGUCCGCGACCUCCACCCUCGCUCUCAACAGCAAGACUGUUGAUGAGAUCAACGAAGUCACCGAGAACGUCAUCGCAGCUCGCAAAGCACUGGAAGACUGGAGCGGUGGCAUCCUGUCCAGUGUUCCUGUCGUACACCGAGUCUACAAAGCCCAUACGAGUGCUGAAAAUGCCAGAAGGGGCAUUGAAGGAUCCGAUCCUUUUGACGGCGAUGACGGUCCUGCUGUGCUUGAUGCCUACCACAGAUUGCAACCCGAGCUUGUCUCGGCUAUGAAAGUGACAGAAAAGAGGGCCCCCGAUUUCAAAAAGGCAGGCGUUGGCUACGUCGCCCGCGGUUUGAUUGGCAAUCUACGUACAGAGAGAGAUGAUUUCGAGGCGGCUAUGAGGACUAAAAUGUCUCCUGACCAUCAUGAUAUGGUCCAGCGAUCUAUCGACGAGGUCAACGCCGCGUUUGACGCAACUGCAAAGGCUCUCAAGGACUAG